AAACUGCAAAACACAGCUUUUACAGCAUACCUCUAACACAGACAUCUGCAAAAAUUUGGUCUCCGGAUCACUUCUUGUUGAGCAUGGAUUUAGGCUGGUGUUUGAAGCUAAGAAGCUUAUUCUUAGCAAAUAUGGAAAAUUUCUUGGUCUUGGUUAUCUCGAAAAGGGAUUGUUCAAAAUGAAUGUAAUGGCUGUAAGUUGUGUAACCGUUGAUAAUAAAAAGCCUAUUUCUGUUUAUACCGUUGAGUGCUCUGAUUUAUGGCAUAAUAGAUUGGGACAUGUAAAUCUAAAUGCAAUUAAACGGUCGAUGAAAUUAGAAUUAAUUCCUAAUUCUAAAGUUGAUACAAAUACAAAAUGUGAAAUUUGUAUUGAAGCAAAAAUGGCUAAGUUACCUUUCCAUUCAGUGGAAAGAAGUACUGAACCAUUAGGCUUGAUCCAUACUGAUGUAUGUGAUAUGAAAAGUGUGCAAACUAGAACCAAUAAAAAGUAUUUUGUAGCUUUUAUCGAUGAUUGCACAAGGUUUUGCUACUUAUAUUUGUUAAGAAGCAAAGAUGAGGCUGUGGAAGUAUUUAAGAUAUAUAAGACCGAAGUUGAAAAUCAACUCGGCAAAAGGAUUAAAAUAAUCCGAAGUGCUAGGGGUGGGGAGUAUGUAGCUCCUUUUGAACAAAUAUGCUCUGAAUAUGGCAUAAUUCAUCAAACGACGGCCCCUUAUUCUCCACAGUCGAACGGUGUUGCUGAACGCAAAAACAGAACUUUAAAAGAAAUGAUGAAUGCCAUGUUGAUUAAUUUAGGAUUACCACGUAACAUGUGGGGGGAAGCUGUUUUGACAAAAAAUCAUAUCCUGAAUAAAAUACCACCUAAAGGGAAAGAAGAGACUCCUUACGAAAUGUGGAAAGAUCGUAAGUCAUCUUUUAAGUACCUAAAAGUCUGGGGGUGUUUGGCUAAGGUUUCAGUACCUGAACCAAAACAAAUGAGAAUCGGGCCAAAGACGGUCGAUUGUGUAUUUAUUGGAUAUGCGUACAAUAGUACAGUAUAUAGACUUCUGGUUCAUAAAUCAGAAAAUCAAGAGGCAUCUGUUGUUAAGCUUGUACAUUCCAGUUUUACUGUUUCCGAGGAGCUCAAGAGGAGGUUAACUUCAGCACCGGUGUUGACUAUUCCCGAUCCUUCUCGGAGUUUCACUAUCUUUAGCGAUGCUUCGAGACAGAGCUUGGGAUGUGUCCUUAUGCAGAACGAACAGGUCAUUGUGUAUGCUUCACGUCAGCUUAAGCCUCAUGAGCAGAACUAUCCUACGCACGACUUGGAGUUAGCAGCAGUCGUUCAUGCUCUGAAGAUUUGGCGACAUUAUCUUUACGGCGGACGCUGCGAGAUAUUUACAGACCAUAAGAGCCUGCAGUAUAUCUUCACGCAGAAGGAGCUUAAUAUGAGGCAACGCCGUUGGCUUGAGAUUGUUAAGGAUUAUGAUUGUUCUAUCCAGUACCAUCCGGGAAAGGCAAACGUCGUCGCGGAUGCCCUAAGCCGAAAGGUGAAGG